AUGGAUCGCCCCAUUUCAGUGCUACGGCAGCGAGCAACGUCGUUUAACCCCAAAGCUGCCACCUUCAGUCCAGGGUCCAGCUCUCUGACUCCGCAUCACACUGAGUUGGGCUCGCCUACAACACGAAGGAAGUCUAAACCCACCCUACCACAGCGAUCCUUUGAGACCAACGCCAGUCCAUCUGGAAGCCUUUCUAUCUCCGGAAGCCCAGGCUCUGACCAUGUCGACGUUCGAGAUACUCGAGCAACCUACGCGCCAGACCCAGGACAAGUUCGAGCCACUGAGGCUGCUGCAAAUUCACCUUCUAGUUUGCCCCCGUUCACGUUCUCGGCGCAGCACCCUCGGCCGAGCUACACCAUGGUGGGCCUCAACGAACUGAGUACCGGACUGGGUCUUCCGGCAGCGAAGGCUGAGACUGACGACGUCGUAUCUCCAUCAGCAUCUCACAAGUCGCAAACCUCGCAGGCGCGUCCAGGCGAACUGUAUGGAGAGCUGAUUGGUUGGGCACUCGAUAAGCCUCUCACGGCAAAAGGGCUUGCCGAAUUCCUACAGAAUCAAGAGUUGGCUAUUCCACCUGCACCCCCAGCCUUUGCGCCCGUCUCUCCAAGCAAGGCCUUUGCUCACCAGAACGUGGAGGUAAACCGUCCACAGCAUGACGUUGAGUCGAAUCAGAAGGCGGAGACGCCUACACGCCACCGUGUUGAUGUGCCGGUUCCUAACGAAGCGAUCUCCAUCCCCAUGGGCCCGUCAACUUUCCAGCAUCAACACCGUCGAAGCUCAGCAUCUUCAGCCUCUUAUCGACACCAUGAGCGCGUCCCAUCGAGUAGGCGGUUUUCUCGGCGCGCAUCGCGAGCGAAGCGCAUAGAUCAGGGUCCUAUGCCAUCAGUCGCAGACAUCUACCCAGACGAUGCGCAUUGGACACCCCCUGCGCCGAUACACGAGGCGCAUAGAAAAACCUCAUGCUAUCCCAAGCCUGCCGAACCAUCCAAAUUGGUUGUUGACAAUGUCUUUAACUGGCCCCCACCAGCCCAAGUGUACAGACCAGAGCCUGCACCAACUGCAGCAGAUUUCGACGCCGCGGAUAUUGAAGUACUCGCUCUCAUGAACGAGCUACCGGAGCCCUCUUUGGACACACUCGCGAAGCUUGGCAACUCGUACGAUCUGCGAAUCAGUACGGCUCUCGAUCUAUCAUGUGACCAGCGUUGUCUUACCCCCGCUCAGGAAGAUGGAUCCAGGUAUGGCAUGAGGUUCUACGGCCUCGCAUACGGCGAUCAAUGGGAGCUGUUGAUGACUGGGAACUAUGAAAACAUAAAGCCAUUCAGAGUUCGACCCAGGGAUCAUGGUGGUUGGGGCGGUCGGGAAUGGGCAGCGAUGAAGGGUUGGGUUGUGUAG